UGACUCUCCAUGUGAGGGAGUCUUUUUAUUAAUCAGGAGCACUGAAAGGAAACCAAUCAGAAAGAGUAUACCCUCAACCUCAGCUUCCCUGUGCCUUCAUGCACUUAAAAGUGAUGCUUUGAGAAGCAGCCAGAGUUAGUUGUAACUAGGCUGCGCUUUGGAAAUAAGAGCAACAGUGCUGCAGAACGACGCAGUCCAGGGAUCACUGCAUUACUGAAUGGGAUUGCAAUCUCCUUUGCAGCCUCUGCACUGGUAAGUCCGAUACUGCUUGUGCUGCUAAUCCAAGACUGCAGUAUAGCGGAGCUGCUCCCCAUCCUUCUAGGAUGCAGCUUGCUUUACACAGCUAGCCUUUUCAGCUGAAGGUCAGGAGGAGAGCUAAUGUACUUGGAAGUGUAAAACUGUACGUCCACCUGGGAAUGCUGGAUCCUUAGAAAUUGUGAAUGUGAACAUUAAGGAAAGAAAAUGAAAGAAUGAGGAUGCAGAAAGCUCUGUGAAGUGUAACAAGGGUGCUUUGCAGAACAUAAAGGAUCUUUUUCACCAUCUGAGAUACUUUAAAGUACUCAGGUCAUAAUGAGGACUCCCCAGCUUGUCCUGCUGUUGAUCUGGGUCUGUCAUCCACAGCAAACACAUACCCUGACCUUAACCAAAAGAACUAUGCAAAGCCUGCAGCAGGAAAGCAAGGAGGAAGGAUCUGCAGAUGAAGGUAUGCCAUUACGGCGCAGUAAACGUGGUUGGAUGUGGAAUAAGUUCUUUCUUUUGGAGGAGUACACAGGCUCUGAUUAUCAGUAUGUUGGCAAGUUGCACUCGGACCAAGACAGGGAAGAUGGAAACCUGAAAUACGUUCUCAACGGGGAGGGGGCUGGCAGUCUGUUCCUUAUAGAUGAAAACACAGGUGACAUCCAUGCUACAAAACGACUGGACAGAGAAGAGAAGGCCUAUUAUGUGCUACGUGCUCAGGCUGUGGAAAAAAAGACUGGCAGACCUGUGGAGCCUGAGUCGGAGUUCAUUAUUAAAAUCCAUGAUAUCAAUGACAACGAACCAAAGUUUGCAAAGGAAUUAUAUUCUGCUUCUGUUGCAGAAAUGUCGCCUGUUGGUACCUUUGUUGCGCAAGUCACUGCCAAUGAUGCUGAUGACCCCACAUAUGGGAACAGUGCCAGAAUAGUAUACAGCAUUCUGCAAGGACAGCCGUACUUCUCAGUGGAGCCAGACACAGGAAUUAUCAAAACUGCCUUACCCAACAUGGACAGAGAAAACAGAGAGCAGUACCAGGUUGUGAUCCAGGCAAAGGACAUGGGUGGCCAGAUGGGUGGACUGUCUGGAACCACUACAGUCAACAUUACACUAACUGAUGUCAAUGACAACCCCCCCAAAUUUACACAAAGUACCUACCAGUUCAAUGCUCUGGAGUCAGCCUCCGUUGGCACAUCUGUAGGCAGGAUCAAAGUGACUGAUGCUGACACUGGUGAAAAUGCAGAGGUUGGCUAUGACAUCGUUGCCGGAGAGGGAAUGGAUAUGUUUGACAUAGUCACUGACAAAGAGUCACAAGAAGGAAUUGUAUCUAUAAAAAAGCCACUGGACUUUGAAAGCAAAAAGCUUUACAUUCUGAAAGUGCAAGCUGUCAACACCCACAAGGAUCCACGCUUCGAGUACCUGGGAAAUUUCAAAGACACAGCUACUUUAAAAAUAAUUGUGGAAGACGCUGAUGAACCUCCAGUGUUCAGCAGAUCUUCUUAUGAGAUUGAUGUGAAAGAAGAUGUUCUGAUGAACACCAUCAUUGGGACAGUAACAGCUCGAGACCCAGACGAUACCAACAGUCCUGUAAAAUACUCAUUGGACCGGCAUUCAGAUCUGGAUCGAAUAUUUAAUAUCCAUUCAGGAAAUGGAUCAAUUUUUACUACAAAGCCACUUGACCGGGAAACAUUAGCGUGGCACAAUGUUACAGUUAUAGCAACUGAGAUAAUUAACCAAAAGCAAAGUAGCCGUAUUCCUGUUUUCAUUAAAGUUCUGGAUGUCAACGAUAAUGCCCCAGAGUUAGACAAGUUCUAUGAAAUUUUUGUCUGUGAAAACGCCAAGGCAGAACAGCUGAUACAGACCAUUAGUGCUACAGAUAAGGAUGACCCCCACUAUGGACAUCAUUUCUCAUUUAUAAUUGAUCCAGAAGUAGCAGGCAGAGCCAACUUUACUUUACAAGACGAUAAAGACAAUACUGCAAGAAUCCUGACUAAAAGAAGAAGAUAUAGUCGUCAUGAAAAGAGCACAUACCUCCUUCCGGUUGUUAUCUCAGACAAAGAGUACCCAAGCCUAAGCAGCACAAGUACCCUGACCAUUAAAGUGUGUGCCUGCGAUGCAAAAGGCAACAUGCAGACCUGCAAUGCUGAAGCACUUGUUCUUCCUGCUGGCCUCAGUACUGGCGCUCUGGUCGCCAUUCUGCUCUGCAUCAUCAUUCUUUUAAUUACAGUAGUUCUAUUUGCAGCUUUGAGGAGGCAGCGAAAAAAGGAACCCCUAAUCAUAUCCAAAGAAGACAUCAGAGACAACAUUGUCAGCUACAAUGAUGAAGGAGGUGGGGAAGAAGACACCCAAGCUUUUGAUAUUGGUACCCUGAGAAACCCUGAAGCCAUGGAGGACAAUAAACAACGCAGAGAUGUUGUACCUGAUACUAGAUUUCCCCUACGGCCUGCCCCAACAAUAAGGGAUAACAACGAUGUGAAAGAAUUUAUCAAUCAGCGGUUAAGAGAAAAUGAUGCUGAUCCAACAGCUCCUCCUUAUGACUCAUUGGCAACUUACGCUUAUGAAGGGAAUGGUUCUGUGGCAGAGUCGUUAAGUUCUCUGGAAUCUGUUACUACAGAGGGGGAUCAGAACUAUGAUUAUCUCAGUGAAUGGGGACCUCGCUUCAAAAAACUAGCAGACAUGUACAAUAGUGGGGACAGUGACAGAGACUCCUAGAAAUGUCAUGAUUUUUGAGUUCUUGAAAAUCAAAAAUGUGGCCGUUUAUACUAACAUUUAGAAUAAUAUGGCUACAUUGCCCACAAAAGAAACACUCUUUGCUAUUCACUUAUAAGUUGUGUUUAUUAAUGGUAUCUGUGUGACCAGGUGUCAAGACAUUUUAUAUUUGGCUCUCAUUUGUUUGAUGCGCUUCCAAAAAUAGUUAAAUGGUUGCCAAGUUGUACCCAAUGCAGUGUGAAAAGGAUGCUGUGUGGCUGUGGUAUGUUUAAAACUAAUCUGACUAUUUUUUUUCCACUUUUUCCAAUAUUCUUUUGUUUUCUAGUGACCAACCAUUUUAAAGGAUCCUGUUGGUUGUGAAGGUCAUAUUCACCAGAGACAGGAACAGUAUAGAAAGACAUGCCAUGUUCAAGCAUCAGUUAAGAGAUUACACAUUUUACUUUGUAAUGUACAAACAUUUGGCCAUGCACACAUCAGAACACUGUUUUCCUUACUGAACAUUUACACACUACUACGACAUUUACUUGUUAUACAGUAUUCCCAUAUCAGACACACCUGAACACGGAGUAUAACAAAUUUAACUUUGUAACAGACUGUCAGGUAAACCCUGCUUACUCUUCCAUCCCCACAAGACCAAGCUGUUUACGCACAUUAAUGCUCUUGGCAUUUUUUUUUUUUUUUUAUCAUUUUUGCAAGUGCCAGUCACAUAAGAAGUGCAGAUCACAUCCCUUUUUAUCUCGAAGUGUACUAUUUUUAUAAUUAAGACUGGCAUGCAGUAUAUUCUAUGGAUCUAAAGGUGCAAUUUCCAACUGCCUGGAUGGUCAGAUCUAGCUCAUAUUAUAAAAUGUGAAGGAGAAAUAUGUUCCACAACAGUUAUAGAUAUUCAAGUUAAAUCUUAUGAGCAAAAUUAAUGUCUUAUUGGGUGCAAUAUCUGUUGUUUGUAAACCGUAUUUUUAAGACAAGAUUGUUCCUAAUUUGAUUCUUCAUUCCUAAGAGUCACAGAUUAUAUUUUAGCAAUUUCUUAACCUUUUUCAUUUUCACUCAUUUCUCGGCCUUUUUCAUUUUCACUCAUGGGAGCCAGUUAAUACAGACUAGAAUCAGAUUCUGUAUUGUAUAUUAUUUUGCUGAGUCGCUAAAUGCGAAUGCACACAGAAGAGCUCUUCUGAACCCAGUUACUAAUGUUCUUGUUAUCUUGUCCACUAUUUGACAGUUGCAACUUCAAGGUGAGUGCUGGUUCAGCAUACUUAUGUGGCCCUGUGUAGAUUUUCAAGAGCUUAAAAGGAAGCUCAGCAAGUGAUGUGGGUAUUACCACUUUUUUAUUGCUGCAGGACACAGAAAAAUUGUCUGCCAUGUGUAUUUGGAAAUGCUCAGUCAACAUUUUCCAAAUUUAUAAGGCUGUGUAGCGAAGCCAUGAUGGUGUAACGGUAGCAUUGUCACCGCACAGCAAGAGGUUCUCCUGUUCGAUUCUCGGAUGGAGUGCCUUCUGUGUGGAGUCUGCAUGUCCUCCCCAUGGUCGAGUGGAGUUUGAAAGACAUGCAUGAAUGGGCAUGCCUUCGCUGAAGGUUGGGUGUUGGGAUGGUACCUUGGCACCAUCAAAAUCGAUUGCCAAUCAUUAGCGGACCAGAGUUCUGCUGUGGCGACCCCUAACUGGGAAAAGCCGAAAGAAAAAACAUAAGGCUGUGUAGCACACUUUUUUCUCAAGCUCACUUCAGAAAAAGUACUUUGAAGGGGAGUUAAAAGUGUUCUGUCUCAGUAAAUGUCGAAAAGGGAUUUUGAGACCCAGUGCUUUCAAUUAAAGAUGUCUGCUCUGGAAGGUAAUGCAGCUGUGCUUUGGUCACAAGAAAGACAGGUUCUUAUCCCAUUAUAGUUACUGAGUAUGUCAUUGCUUGACUACCGUAUACAUUAGACUUCUCUACUAUGAAGCAAGACUGCAGUAGAAGGCGUUUUCAAGUGUAUUUAGGCUGGAUGCAGAGUAACUAACUUGCAAAUCCUGAACAAACUUGCAUCUAAAAAAUUAAAUAAAUUCAGUUUGGAACAGCAAAGCAGACCUUUCAAUAGCACUACAAAGAUAUAAAAUCUAAAGUUGUGUGUUGUAGGUAAUUGUUUCACAGCAGGAUAUUCUACAGUGAGAGUUAUUAGGCUAUUGUUUUGUUAGCUCUUACUACACCAUACAGUGAUCCCCAUUUGUAAAAAAAGGUGAAGGAACAUAGCUGUUACUAUUUUACUUGCUGUCCCAUGUUCUGUCCUACAUAAAACUGUGCAAACAAUGAUUUCCUACCUGUUUUAACAGUACAUUGGAUUGUAAGAGUUUGGAACUGAUGGAAAUAUUUGAGUAGCGCACAUGGCUGGAAAUGUAACGUUGUUUCUAGGCUUGUACCUGCAGUUAUCCUUACAUCCUUUCUCCAGUAAUUGUUUCCCUUACAUAUACCAAUUUGUACUUCAGGGGGAACUUUACAAGAAGAAAAAGCGCAGCAGCACGCAGACAUACUUUGUGGAAUGUUGUCAACUACAAAGUGCCAUGCUGGGGACUUGCAUGCCUACUUCCAUGUAAAAACGUUGUACAGAGAUGCUGCUACUUCUCCUGCAGACAAAGGUCAGCUAUUAAACAACUGUGCCUCACAACUACUUUAGGGGACCUCAGUGACUGAUAGGUCACAGGUGUAGUAUUUUGUCAAGGCAAACUACCACAUAUAACCUUCCCUGUCUUGUUGUUUAAAAGUGCUCAUAUGCAUGUUUCUUCCCUGCUGUGUAUAGUGCAUAACAUGAAUGAUUUUACAUCUGUUUUAAAGUCAUUCAAGAGACUAAGUCCAUUACUCAUUUAAAGCCCUGAGACCUUCAAAGGAAGUAGAACAAGCAGCCUUAAAUUGUUCCAAUGUUCAUAAUUUCCAGACCUAUAUGUUUUUGUUAUGAGUAGCAAAUGGGAACAAAGAUGUUGCCCAGUCAUGGAGCUGGUAGCAGGAGGUUUGGGAUGUGCACAGAGGGAGGUUGCCCCCUGCAAAAACUUUUUUUUCAUUUUUUUCUUUGUUUUAGGUAUCAAUCACAAAUGAUCAGUGUAUUGUGUUUGUCUUUCAUGGAUCUAUGACUAACUCACCUGUAUCUAUCUACACACAUUUCAUUUCUUCUGGCUUCAUGUGCAGUUUCAUCAGAUCUGAAAACAGCAUUCAUAUUAUCUAGCUAUUAGAUUUAUUUUGCAAAAGCUUUUACAGGCUGUCAGAAUGCAUUUGUGAAACCCCAGCUGAAAGUGUAAUUUUAUUCAUGUAGCAGUGUUAAUUUGAUAAAUGAAAAGUCUGAAAUACAUGAGGACGUUUUAUGUUACAGUACAAGACACCCAUCUGUUAUAUGCCUUUACUGCCCAUAUGUUUUUGCUAGAAACCAUUGCUUCUUCUACAGCUGGUCUUCCAGUGUGUUAUUUGCUCAACAAUAGCAUUUAAUCUAUGAUCAUUAAUUAGUGCUACUGUCAAAAGAAACAAAAUUAUGGUACGAGAGUCUUAAGUAGCUGCUGCUGCUGCUAAACAAAUCAUUUUAAGCUCCCUAAGCAGGUUUGUUAACGUUUCUAUAACAUGCAAUUGAAUCUGUUUGCCUCACUAAACAAAAAUAGACUACAGCACAGAUGCAGAUGAACUAGAAGCUAGAAAACGUCAAAAAGGUGAUUGUUCAAGUAAUGUGUUCUUAAUCACAGGACUCUGUUGCACUAGAAAUCCCCUCAUCCAAGCAAUACAACUGAGAAGAGCUUGUUGUGAACAAUUGCCCUUCCAGACAGUAGAUUACUGUUGUUUUGGAGACAAGAACAUGACCACAGUAUUCUUGCUUGCUGCCUGUCUCAGCCUCCCACCACCAAACACUUUUGCAUCCCUGGUAGAGAUGCUAUCAAUUUACCCUAAUAACCAGUACACCACAAAGAUGCCCCCUCACCACCACCACCACCACCAUAAUAAAGAAUCUCUUCUAGAUGCUCAACUCUCACUUCCUCAUUCACUAACAGUUGCACAACUUCAUUAGCAUGAUAUAAGCAGAACAAAAUUACAUUAGUCUCAACUCCAUUUAGCCAACCACCUUGCAGCUAUUAAGUUUGAUUUUGCAUAAUCUAGAAUGUUAAAGAGCAAUGGUUAGUGGUCUGUACUGGAGAUUUGCUCAAACAGUAUGCAACAUAUUCAUAUUUUUAUCCAUACUGGCUUAAGAAAAGGUAUUCCUUUAGCCUGUUACACGAUAGCUCCACCUUACUGACAUGGCUGGACCAUUUUCAUGGUAAUGUAUUAUUAUUUACCCAAAUGAUUUGCAUUUUUUGUUUAAGUAAUACCAUUGAGAGAAACCUUGGUUUCAAAAAUGACACAUCAGAGAAGAAGAAAAAAAUCAAACUGAGUGAAUUUGCCUUUUGCAAUGUGAGAUUUUGUAAGACGUUAUUUAUACAAUACUACACAAUAAACUUUUUUCUAUAAAAAUGA